UUGAAGGCAUCCAAGAAAAAUUUUGGUCUCGAUAAUCGGAAAGCUCAAUCAUCUCUCUCUCUUCCCCCAAAAAUUCUCAGCCUUCAUUCUCCAAUACUCACUGCGAUCUAUGGCGUCUGGUUCAGCAGGUCGCCCUAACUCCUCCCCCAAAUCGUUUGAUUUCGGUUCUGAUGAUAUCCUUUGCUCAUUUGAAGACUACGGCAAACAGGACCCCUCGAACGGUAGCCACACCGAUCCCGUUUCCAUUACCAAUUCUACCAAGGAUUUUCACAAGAGUAGAAUGUCUACUGUAUUCCCUGCUGCUGCCUAUGGUCAAGCUCAAGCAGAUGAUUCCAUUAGUCAAAAUGUGAUUUCCACUGUUGAGAACAGCAUGAAAAAACAUUCUGAUAACCUUUUGCGUUUUCUUGAGGGGAUAAGUUCACGUCUAUCACAACUUGAACUAUAUUGCUACAACCUUGAUAAAUCUGUUGGAGAAAUGCGGUCUGAUUUAGCCCGUGACCAUGAAGAGGCAGAUUCAAAGCUUAAAUCUCUUGAGAAGCAUGUACAAGAGGUCCACAGGUCUGUACAGAUUAUAAGAGACAAGCAAGAACUUGCUGAGACUCAAAAAGACUUGGCUAAACUUCAGGUCUCACAGAAAGAGCCAUCUUCGUCAAGCCAUUCACAGUCAAAUGAGGAGAGGGCUUCGUCAGUUGCCUCUGAUCCUAAAAAGAAUGAAAAUCCAUCUGAGAUUCACAACCAGCAAUUAGCUUUGGCCUUGCCACAUCAGAUCGUCCCACAGCAAAAUUCUAUAACAGCCCCUUCAGCAGCUUUGCCUCAGAAUAUGCCUCAACAACAGCAAUCUUACUACAUAUCUUCAUCCCAGUUGCCUGGUCAACCACCUCAUCUCCAGCAUGCUCAGGGCCAAUAUAUCUCGCCUGAUUCUAACCGGGCAUCACAACCUCAAGAUGUUUCACAGAUGUCCAAUCCCCAGCUAAGUCAAACUCCACCACAACCAUUCAAUCAGUAUCAACAAUGGGCGCAACCACCAUCUCAGCAGCCACAACCUCCUCAACAGCCUUCUAUGCAACCUCAGAUCAGACCACCACCCCCUUCAGUCUACCCUUCUACUUAUCCACCAAAUCAACCAACUUCUAUGCCCGAGACGCUGUCAAGCAGCAUGCCCAUGCCAAUGUCUUUUCCAUCUAUUCCACAACCCGGUUCAAGCCGCAUGGAUGCAGGGCCUUAUGGGUAUGCUGCUGCUAGUGGUGGUUCUGCUCCACAGCAACCUCCUCAAGUGAAAAAUGCUUAUGGUCCAGCAACAGGUGAGGGAUAUAUGCCUCCUGGACAACAAUCUGGAGGUGCAUAUAUGAUGUAUGAUAGGGAAAGUGGAAGGCCGCCACACCAUCCGCCUCAACAACCACACCAUCCGUCUCAACAACCGCACUUCAAUCAAAGCGGAUAUCCUCCGGCCAAUGUAUCUCAUCAGGUUCCUCCUCAGGCUCCAACAGGCCCCCAUGUUUCAGCCAGGAAUCCAAGUCACUCACAUCUAAUUGAAAAACUGGUUGGCAUGGGUUUCAGGGGUGAUCAUGUUGCAAGUAUAAUCCAGAGAAUGGAGGACAGUGGGCAACCUGUUGACUUCAACGCAGUUCUAGACAGAUUGAGUACUCCUACAGGUCCAGGUCCACAAAGAGCGUGGUGAGAGUAAUUUAAUCAUAUCCCCUAUUUGCGGCCGAUACUGGCCAUGACCAGCCUCAUACAUUGCGUCUUUUUAAUGCAUUGAAUAAAACACUGGUUUAUGAUUUAAUUGUCCUCGUAUAUAUAUUUUAUUAUGGUUUGUGAGAUUUAUAAACGUUCGGCUGUAUGAUUUAAACCUUGUGUGAAUAUCUUCUUCCAAAUUCCAGUCUUGCCAUAUAUUCCCCAUUGA